AUGCAUCAUUCAGUAUCUGUCACUUUGCUGACACUCUUAUGCGCAUUAUCUGGAGCCGACGGCGGUAAGGUGUUGGUAUUUCCACUAGAUGGAAGUCACUGGGUGAACAUGAAGGUCCUUAUUGAGGAACUGUAUAACAGAGGACACGACAUCACCGUGUUGAGAGCUUCUAACAGCUGGUAUAUCAAAGAGGAGUCUCCAUUCUACAAUUCACUCACCAUUCCAAACACAGGAGGGUUCGAUGAGGGCUUUAUCGCUUCACUGAUCGGCAAGCUCUUAAAAAUCAAACGAGAGGGGAAUUCCAUGUGGAACCGUAUUCAGGUGGAGUACGAAGUGGUCCUGAAAUUUAAAAGCAUGCAUGAAGAUAUGGUUCAAAUGAUUGACAGAAUGAUAGAAGACAAAGACAUGAUGACAGCAAUCCAAGAUGCGAAAUACGACGUGGUGUUGGCGGACCCAGCUGUUGGAGGUGGUGCGAUACUAGCUUACAAAUUUAACAUUCCUCUGGUUUUCAAUGUUCGGUGGACUGUUAAUGGAGAGGGGCAUUUCGCCAUCGCCCCUUCUCCGUUGUCUUAUGUUCCUGUCCCUGGAGUGAUGUUGACAGAUAAAAUGUCAUUUCUCCAAAGAGUCAAGAAUGUUUUGAGCUACAUUUUUACCCAUUUUCAGACUGCAAUGAUCGCUGAUCCCCCCUACGUGUCCUUCUGCCGCAAACAUUUUGGUCCAGAUGUUCAUUACUUCACCCUUUUCCAGGAUGCUGACAUCUGGCUCAUGAGAAACGAUUUCACUUUUGAGUUUCCACGACCCACAAUGCCAAAUAUCGUCUACAUGGGUGGCUUCCAGUGCAAACCCGCUAAACCACUUCCAGAUGACCUUGAGAAGUUUGUGCAGAGCUCUGGAGAACAUGGAGUCAUCAUCAUGUCUUUAGGCACUCUUAUUUCUCAGCUUCCACAGGACAUCACCGAAGAGAUAGCAGCGGCUUUUGCUCAACUUCCUCAAAAAGUCAUUUGGAGAUACACAGGGCCUCGACCUGUUACCCUUGGCAACAACACAUUGCUUGUGGAUUGGCUCCCUCAGAAUGACCUUCUUGGACAUCCCCAGACUAAAGUGUUUGUGGCACAUGGAGGCACCAAUGGAGUUCAGGAAGCCAUCUAUCAUGGUGUUCCCAUCUUGGGUUUACCUUUAGUGUUUGAUCAACCUGACAAUCUCUUUAAAAUGGAGGUGAAGGGAACAGCCAAAAAUGUAGACAUUUCAACUCUGGACAGGACUGUUUUUCUAGAGGCAUUAAAGGAGGUUUUGUAUAAUUCAUCUUAUAGAGAGAACAUGCAGAGACUGUCCAGUUUGCACCGUGAUCAGCCAAUGAAACCUCUCGAUCGUGCUGUCUUCUGGAUUGAGUUUGUCAUGAGGAACAGAGGAGUCCCUCACUUACGAACUCAGUCGUUCAGAAUGUCCUGGAUUGCUUACCACUCUAUAGAUGUUAUUUUGACUUUAACGGUGGCAGUUUUCAUAUUUGUAUAUUUCUCUAUGUAUGUAAUCAGACGUGUUUUUAGAGUUUUAUUCAAAAAGAAAGUAAAACGUGAGUGAUAUGCAGACUGGAAAACAGCCAAUGUAUUCAGAAACUAUUUUUGAAGUGUUUACAAAUCCUGCAA